GGGGCGGAACGGCGCCCCCUGGCCGAGCACCAGACGGGGCGAAGCGGCGGGCGGGGGGGGAGGCCCGCGGCGCUGCCGGGCCCCGCGGCAGGGCUGACGGGAGGGUGGCGCUGGCGGAGCCCCGGUGUGGGGCCGGGCUCCUGUCCCGCCGUGCCCGCGGUCGCUGCGCCUCGGGCGUUCUGGCUGGGAGGGAGUUUAAGGCGGAAAUCCCAAACAAACAGUUAGUGUGGCACGUAGUUCUCAAGAAGAGUCCUGGGGGAAAAAUACGGUUAAAUUCCUAGCUUUUGGAGUAUUUUCCCCGUGAGUGUUAACGCUGCCAGGAGACUUGGUAACAGACAUCAAAAAAAAAAAAAUAUAUAUAUAUAUAUAUAUGUUUCUGUUCAUCUGGUGGGGGUGCAAUGGUGGAAGGAGCUCCCAGUCACUCUUAAAGCCUGAGCACGAUUCUUGCUGGAAAAUGAUGAAAGAUAUGUCGCGUUCAUAAAUCGCACAAACAGCGUCAGUUACCCAAAUCAGCUCCUAAUGUCAUGUUUCAGCGGUUCCCUUCUCUAGAAAAAAGUUCACCUGAUGUUCUGGUAACGUCUGAGUUGUCCACAUGGUCCAAUUUCCACAAAAAGGAGCUGAACGCAGAUGUUCCGGCAUUGGGAUUUUUCUGAAGUUAGGGCAGUGCUCUGCACGUUUUGGAAAUCCAUUUAAAUGUUCAUUAGGAGUUUCUGAAAUGGAAGUAAGGGUACUUUUUGUUAACUUGCGGUUUUAUUAGGCCUAAGUAAAAGCUGGUAAAGCAAUUUGAUAUUGCAUAUGAGGAAAGUCCAAAAUACCACCACAACUGCAAAUGUUUCACAUACGGCUUGAAAGCCAUUGUGUUGUGUAGUCUGGGUUUUGCAGAAGGGGAAUUGUUCCUUCCUCCUGUCCUGAGCUGGGAGAAGUCCCAUGUAAUUGUUAAAUUUAAAUAGCACCUUCAAAUGUUUGCGUGCAGGUUUUCAAUAGCACGUAACAGACUUGUUAGUGCUAGGUCAGAGGUUGGACUCGGUGAUCUUGGAGGUCUUUUCCAAUCUAGAUGAUUCCGUGAUUCUGUGAAACCCCUUCUUCGUUGUUUUUUCGUUGUUGUUUUCUUUGUUCCCCCCCUAGUCUUCACUUUUAGACAGGUUCUGCUAUCUUGAAUUAGGCUUUUCCUUGGAGGAGUUUUUCCUUUUCUCCUUUCCCAUUUCCAGUUACAAACUGUCUUUACCUUUUGUUUUGCCCUGUCAAGUUUCCAUACUUAUUCCUUGAUGGGGCUUCAAAAUAUCUAUUUUUUUAAUUAAUUUAUUUUUUCCUAACAGUGUUAAUAUAUCUAAAAGGAGUCCUUUGCAGGUUGUAUGAGUUUUUAGGGCUCAUAUGUACUUAACAAAUAUAAGUGAAAUGGAAUUACACAUAGAUUUUUGUUUUAUACAUACUUCUUUCACCAGUAGGUGGCUUUCUUUCUAUUUGUAUGCGUUGCUGUUACCUCAAAGCCCAGCAUGCAAGCACAGCACUCAAUUUGAUACGGCCUCUAAGUGGGAAGUCAGAGACAUAACCUUAGUAUGUUGGUCUACACUACCUGAACAAAGAAGGGUUCAGUUUCCCAGAAGCAUAGUGAAUACUGAGAAGAUAGUAAUCUGAAGAAUUAUAAUUCAUAAUCUGAAGAAAUUCAGAUUAUGGAGUCAUUAAUUGCCUGUCCUCAACAGGGCAUAUAACCUUAUCUAUCAAAUUACAGUGACUGUGGAUAAGAACACACAAUGCACAUAGCUAACUUUUACCAUAUGGCCCUUCUUAUGUGCCCAAAAUGUUAACUCUAAUGGCUCCUGUUUAAAACAAAACAAAACAAAAAAAAACCUAUGACAACCAAAGAGCUCACAACCCAUAAGGCAACAAGUACCUUGUAGCCACAAUGUGGUAAUAAAAGUUGAUAAAUUUCUGGAUGCAGUUUAGAUCUGAAAGAAAGAAUUGGGAGGGUUUAAAGCCUGCAGAAUGUCUGCCUGCAGCUUCCAGGUACAGGGGUUACCAAGGUUUACUAGAGUGUUCACUGUGGCUGCUUCCAUAGCCAUACUCUAAAAAAAAAUAGACCAAUAUUGCAAGUAGCACAGAAAAUGCUACGUUACUUCUGCUCGUCCAAAGAGUCUCAAUUCCCUGGCACUGGGUUGGAUUCAGUGUGUGAGGGCAGCCAACCCAAGAAUCACAGUCAGAAUCUCAGCAGGACCCUCCCUGAUGUUUAGAUGGAGGGGUUUGGAUCUAGGAUGACUAGAUGUAAAUAAAUAAUGAUUUAGCAUGAACUUCAACAUCCUACUCUUACGAGUCCAUGUUCUUUACUUGCAACGUAGCUUAUCUGUAAGGCACCAGAGCAGCUGUAUGGAAGGUAUCCUGGAGCAUUACAGUAUUGACAAUUUGAUAUGUCUGUGUUCGUGAACGCUCAGAGCUCAGUCCAUGUCAGCUGUGGCGAGCUUGGGCUCCUGACCCGUCACAGAUAAGGAACUGUUCCUUGCUGACGCCUCUUAGGCUUUUUAUCUCUUUUAUUUCUGCCCCUCCUCCCUCCCCCCUCCGCCUUUUCUAUUGGUUUGAGGUUACUGGAACAUUUUUAUAGAAAAAAUAUUAAUGCGUUUGUGCUUAUGUAUGGUCUAGUGCACAAUGCCUUCUAAUUACCGCAGCUUCCGAAAAAGUGUGCCGUGGCUAAUCCUUUUUCUGGAAACUGUUUUCGUCAUCCUCUUCUACUUUUUGUUCUCAGGUUACAAUGCCUCCAUCUCAAACAUUUCCUACACAGAUUUUCAAGAUGUCAACAACAUGGUGAUUUUUGGAUUUGGCUUUUUCCUGGCGUUUCUAAAAAGAUACAGCUUUAGCAGCACAGGAUUCAACCUCCUCAUUAUUGUACUUGGUGUCCAGUGCUCCAUUCUGAUGGAAGGUUUAUUAGUUCUCCUCCUUCAAGAAGCAAAGGAAGGUGGUCUGAAAAUCAUAACAACGGCUGUUGUGAGUAUGACUGCUGUGGUCAUCUCCAGUGGAGCAGUUCUUGGGAAAACUAAUCCUAUACAAUUAAUUGUGAUGACAGUUGUAGAGGUAAUAGUUUUCCAUGUGAGCAGAUGGAUCAACAAGCGAUUCCUGCAGGUUCCAGACAACCUCAGCAUGAUGCACGUUCACCUGUUUGGAGCCUACUUUGGUCUGGCAGUCUCCUCACGUUUCUCUGAGCCAUCACCAAGGUCUGAGAAGAAUGCAAGUACCCCGAAGUCGGAUUUAUUGUCAAUGUUGGGCACUCUCUUUCUUUGGGUAUUCUGGCCAAGCUUCAAUUCUGUACUAGCUGAUGCAGACAAGACCAAAGCAAUCUACAACACCUACUUUGCACUUGCAGUGAGUGCUGUAACUGCCUUCACCUUGUCUGUUCUCACCACAAAGGAUGGAAAAUUCAGAAUGACUCAUGUCCACAGUGCAGCACUAGCGGGUGGGGUUACUGUUUGUUAUGCAGCAGAGAGUAUUGACUAUCCCUGGAUUGCAAUGAUUUUGGGUCUGCUUGCCAGUCUGAUAACCAUAUUAGGAUCUUUCUGUUUACAGAGAUACUUGAAUCCUGCUCUCAAGAUUCAUGAUGCAUCUGGAGUUCAUUUCACUUUUGGCUUGCCUGGUUUACUUGGAGCUGUUGCCCAGGUUGUUCUCUUAGUAAUAAAAAAAUGGACUGUUUUACCAAGCCUGGGUUAUGUGGUCAUGAUUUACAUCGGUGCCUUCUGCCUGACCAUCAGUGUUGCCUUGAUAACAGGUUUUAUUACAGGUUUAAUCUUAAACUUCAAACUGUUGAAGAUCAUCCCUGUAUCAAAGUAUUUUGAAGACCACUUUUAUUGGGAGUUUCCCCAUUUGGCUGUUGGAUUUUGAAUGGAUGAACCCACAUGAAAGAUCGACCAAGAGAAGGUCACUAGAUAAAAUGAGUAACUAUGAUGGGAUGAAAGAGCAAUCAAUUAUCAAUUCUCAUGCUCAAAAAAAGCCUUCCCACACAAAAGUUUGGUAACAAACUGUUCUAGUUAUUCUUGAAAGACCAGGCUGUAAAUUUACAGAUGCAAAAGUUAUUGUGCAUUUAGCUUUUCUGCUUUAAUGGUCUUGCCUUAAAUAGUUUGUAGAACACAUACAAAAAAGUUUGCUGCAUUCAUCGCUGUAAUGGCUUAUCAGUGAAAAUGCUUAGAAAUUUUUAGAAAGCUAUUUUUAACUCCCCAGUUUAAAAGCCAAAAUAUGUAUUUUAAUAUUAUGUGUACAGGGAGUACACUUACUCUGAUGUAGCGAAGUGUUAAAGUGCUUGUUUUUAAGCUAAAUUCUGUUAGAGGCCUUGUAAAGCAAGGAUUUAAUGACUGAGCUGGAUCUGGGCCAGAACUCUGCAUCUUGCCAGACUGAACUCUUGAGUUACCUCACUGCCUGAAGAAAAAUCUACACUUGCAUGGUUCAGGCUAGCUCUCUGGAUGUUCAAACGGCAAGAAAUUAAAUUGUUCUGCUUGUGGAUGACAUCACUGAAAUCAACAGCAUCAUUACUCAUUACUUCAGGAACAAGCCUUAGAACACUAUUCUUGAACAGUGACAGUCUGCACAUGGUCAGCUAUCCAAAAGGCUCUGGCUGCUGUAAAGCCGUGAAUGUCAGUCAGAGAAUGAGGGAAUAGUCCUUCCUUGGGUAUUCCCGUUUGUUUGGAUAGGGCUGGUUAUGCGAUAAAUUUAACUGGAUUAGGCCUAAUUUUGUGCAACAAGCUUCAUGGUACCAAUGCUAAAACCCAAUUUCCAAAGUGUCUCACGCUGAAUUUUGAUGUUUUCUUUUUUCAUACUUUUAAAAAGUGGUUUGUUUUUUAAACGUUUUAAGAAACAUUAUAUAGAGCUUCUACGCUGUAGAUACAAGAAUUGGUAAUAGCACAUACUAUUUUUUUUGUACUGGAUGGAUGGUCAACUUGGAAAAGUAAAAGAUUUUAAAGUGUAUUGUUUUAAGACUGCCAGUAAGAUGUUUUAAAGGCCUUACUUUUGAUUUGAAUGGAACACAGCACAUACCUGUUUGCAGAGGACUUCAGCUGAGACAAGCAGGGGCUUUGGUCCAUGAGCUACAGCCUCACUGUGCAGAAGAUUCUGUGUAAACAAACCCCUUUUUUAUGGGUUACGAUCCUGUGUUUCUUCAUUAUUUCCAAAUAGUUGAUAUGUAAGUUCUUACAUAAUUAAAAAAGUCAGGCUUUGAUUGUUUUUAUUUAUUCAGCACGCUUGCUUAAAAAUGAAGUAAUGAGGGGAAAAUUGCAACACUGAAAACAAAGGGUAAGUUCUUUGUUCACUGUAGCAAUGUAUGCUGACCUCAACUCGUUUAUUAAGAGAAUAAGCAAAGUAGAUCACUGCAAUUAAAGGAAGUGUGAGACAGGUUUCAAAGUUACUCAGAGGAAGUGCCAGUUUUUCUUAAUCCCAGCUCACAAAAUAGCCAGUGAUCUUACUUAUUUUACCAACUGCAUGCAGCUUCCAUCAGCUUACGGUGCUAUUCAGCUUGAUACAUAUGCACUUACACACUUGCAUUAUUUCACAUUUAGUGCACUCCUGCAAUCCAAGCUGAACUUGUAUAUUCAGUAUCUUACUUUUCAGCAAUGAAACAAACAUAACUUCUGCAAUGCAAAGUUCUUCUGAUGUUUUCUAGCAGAAGUCAUUUUACGGAAUCGGAUUUUAUCCCCCCCCUUUCCUCCACAUCUUUUUGCUCAGCGAUUUCUUGAGCAAGUAGCCAAAACGUAUGUAGAGGAAGGGGUAAAAUAGCUCUUCCUGUAUCUCACUGUUCACGUGAGUAUGCUUACGGGAUCAGAAUUCUCCCUGGUAGUGACUGUCCCUGGUCUAACUCCCAGCUGAAGAGUAUUCUUCCCUCAUUUUUAUUGUUGUUAGGAAAUAGCUUACAGCAAGCUUUGUGGAUGAACUACCUACAGCUAGAGCAACUAUAUAAUUUAUACUUGUGCCUCUACAGUGUCAUCCACAGCAACAGUAAAUUAUUUACCAGUGACUCUCUCAAUAUCACCAUAGAAUAAAUGAAAUACUCGGGGGAAAAAAGUCUAAAGCAGCACCAUUCUAUGCAAUACAAGAAAAGCCACGUACCAGUAAAUUUUGAAAUUGAGGAACUGUUUAUGUUGUCUGGACAUCGGAAAUAUUUAAUAAAUGUUAAAAAAUUGUUUUAAAGCAUUUUAGUAGGUCUUGGAUUGUAAGAUAUUAUAGAAAUAGCUGGUUAAAUACAUCAGUUUUCCACUAUUCUAUUUACUUAUAGCAAACAUAUAAAAGUGACUUCCAUUGUUACUUGUAGCAAUUUUAUGUUUGUCAAAAACAUUACAUUUAAAUCAGAGGAAGAAAACAGGAUUUUUAGUGCUAUGAUUUAAUUUUUACUCGUUUUAUCUUUAGACACAAUUGAAGGUCACCGUAUACAAAAUGGUUUUACAAAAUUUUUGGAGUUAUGCAGUUAAAAAAAAAGACAUGGCCAACGCACUUCCAUAGGCGUGUUCAUUGCCACAAAUCUUCCGUGCGACCAAAUUUGAAGACCAGUCCUC